UGAAGUCACACUGAAUCAAGCAUUCCUACGCACACGCUUGCUUUGGCACACACCCAUCUGGCAAUAAUAUAAUUUAACUGAUAAGGCUGGUAGGUAAUGCCCAACCACUUCGACUCGAACUCCACGUCUUCCGACCACCUGAAAGUGUUAGAGACACGGUUACAUGCACCCACGCAUAAUCUACCACAAUCUGAAGACUACAACAGCUAGCAGAGAUCCUAACUACUACACUCAGUCACAACGACAGAGCGUGCGACCUGAGAAUCUGCCUAGCAGAAUACAGCAGAAACGAAGAAGAUAUCCUGUGACAAUCUACUAGUUCAGGCACAGCAGACCACCUCUGAUCAGCUAGUCAUCUGACCAGUGCUGUUAAAUCUAUGGGGAGUCCAGGCUGUGACUGUGUGGGGAGCACAGUGGACCUUCCCCUGAUAACCUUCACUGAAUCCCCCCACAGUGUGUCUGCCCCGAGGGCCUGGGAGGAGGACACCAAGCACCCCCGUGGACUAAUAAGCUUACCUAAACACACCGUUACUGAACGAAGUUUGCAAGGGGUCUUCCGGCCUUGUUUCAACAUGUUCCUCACGGACGACAGCUCAUGCUUUUUGAAGAAGUCAGAGGCAGUGGCACCUCUGCCCCCCUUUAAGGCCCUUGAGCAGUGCCCCGCCAUCAACAGCCAUAGCCUGGGGUUUGUGUUGCCGUCUGGGCUGGAUGGACAAGUGGAGGAAUGCUGUCUGGAGCAGGUCCAGAGCAUGGUGUUGGGAGAAGUACUGAAGGACAUAGAAACUGCCUGCAAGCUGCUCAACAUUACCCCAGAUCCCAUGGAGUGGAACUGUGCCAAUGUCCAGAAGUGGCUACUGUGGACGGAGCACAUGUACAAACUUCCCCAGGUGGGCAAGAUGUUCCAGGAGCUCAAUGGAAAAGAUCUGUGCUCCAUGACAGUGGAGGACUUUAUGCAGCGUUCAGUGCAGUGUGGAGACCUGAUGUUCGCUCACCUGGACAUCUGGAGAUCAGCUGCAUGUAUGAAGCAGCGCUGCACACUAGGAGAUAACAAAAUACAUGGUACUGAGGAGCUGUGGCCAGAGGCUGACUCCUGCUGCUCCGGACAGCCCAUUCAUCUAUGGCAGUUUCUCAGGGAGCUGCUCCUUAAACCACACAACUACGGACGCUGCAUCCGCUGGAUGAACAAGGAGAAAGGAAUCUUCAAAAUCGAAGACUCUACUCAGGUGGCCAGGUUAUGGGGCAUCAGGAAGAACCGCCCAGCUAUGAACUAUGACAAGCUGAGUCGCUCUAUCAGGCAGUACUACAAGAAGGGCAUCAUCCGUAAGCCUGAUGUGUCCCAGAGACUAGUCUACCAGUUUGUCCAUCCUGUAUGAAACACCCACAAGAGGAUGAUGACUGGAAACAACCAACUGGCCAAACACGUUUUAGAUGGGGGGGAUUCUACCCUUUCAACAGCUAUAUGGUCCUUAAGCUCCAGUGCAUGUUUAGGAUACUCUGCUUCAUGCACAGUCUUUGCAUCACUCGUUCAGAGAACAGGCUAUUUCAGCGAGUGGUGCUUGUUUGGUACAUUUACAUCAAUGCCGGAUUUAAGUCUAGAAGGUCACAUCAUUCUAUCUCAACCGUGUGUUUUGCCAGUUGUCCAAUGUGCUUUGAAACGAAGUGUGCUCAAGUUUGUUCACACCCAUGGCUCUACAAUUCACUCACGGUACACAAUUCAAACGAAAAGCUGUAGGGCUGUUUUAAAACAAUACUGUACCAAGAAGAUCAAGAAGAUUUAAAUGCUUACCUGCAUGAUGCAGAUUCGGAUCAAAUCUAUGUAAGUUGAGAUGUAGAUUCUUAAUGCAUAUUUCAAUAGUAAGAAUGACAUAAUGAAUAAUUUCAAGUAGUGCGUACAAUUGAUACUUUGACACAUUUUGUGUUCACCAGUUUAGUUUUGGAAAAAUAUUGACAAAUAUAGGCAAUACAUAGAUAACAUAUUGUAUCAUUGUUAUUUUACUCUGUAAUAAAUCUGUGUUUGGAUACGUCUGUUAUCAAAGAACAAAAAUAUGCAAAUAUUAAUCUAUGGAACACUGGAAAGAAAUAUUCAGGGAAGAUCAUUAUUCAGCUACAGUAUACACUCACCUAAAGGAUUAUU